AAGUAGCUCUCGACGUUUUUGCAGCCCUAGUGCCGGGUUGUAUAAAAAACAGAGUGUGAAAGUAGAACAGAAAUUUAAUAAAUUUACACAAGUAAUCACUUAUUUGAAUAAUUAUCAGACGAAAUAAUAGACGAAUUACUCAAUUCGUCAAAAAUAAAAAAAAAUUAUAAUAAAUUAUUGUUAACGGCUGAGCAAAAGACAAGGCAUGGUAACGGUUGGACUGCUAACGCCUGCAAUGCGCCUGCUUGGUAUUGGUAGCAGCAGCACCAGCAGCAGCGGCAUUGUCUGCCUUCGGUUACUUACGCGAAUGCGAGUAAGCAGCCCGAGAGUAAACCUUAAUCUUAAUCAACGAUGCCUUAGCGUCCUGGGCAACUUCAACAACAACAGCAAGGGAAACGGUAAAUGUACAACAACAACGCCAACAUUGCCUUUGGCAACAUCAACGACUUCAAUACUGUCGCCGCUGAUUGUCACAAAAUAUCGGAGCUAUGCACGUCUCAGUACCAAGUCCACGACGCACUGCUCCAGCGCCAACAAAACGGACACCAAGUCAUCGUCGACGACGGCGCCCGUGUCCAGUACGACGGAACUGUUUGGCGAGGCGGCAAACAUGGGUCUGUUUGCAAAGUUCAAGCACAUGUAUAAGCAGUAUUGGUACGUGCUCAUACCGGUUCAUGUCCUAACAUCGAUUGGCUGGUUCGGUGGUUUCUAUUAUCUAUCAAAGAGCGGCGUCGAUGUACCUGCCCUGCUGCAGUAUUUGCACCUGAGUGAGACCAUUAUUGAAAAGGUGCAAGGCUCUGAUAUGGGCCACUAUGCCAUUGCAUAUCUGUGCUACAAAGUGGCAACGCCAAUCCGCUACGCAGUAACGCUCGGCGGCACCACGGUGUCUAUCAAAUAUCUGGUACAAUGGGGUCAUAUCAAGCCUAUGCCAACUAAAAGCCAAUUGAUUAAAAUGUAUGAGGACACGAAGGCAACACGUGCCAGUGCCAAGACCCACAAGGAUGAGAAUCACAAAUGAUAGCCAGCCGGCCCAACCAUUUACUGGGCAUAGUCGUUACCACCUGUUGUCGUUGUCGUUGUCGCUUGCCAUGCGGCGUUCAGUUGGCUAGUUGUAUAUUUUUUGUUAAGCUGUUGCACAUUGCUCUGCAAGUGUUCAUCCAUGGAAUUAAUCUUUUGCCCAGGCGCCAAUUGGAUCAAUCAUUCAAAAGGCCGCUGCUGCUAUCCGUGAGAGGCAUACACAUAAUUGCAUACUUCAUAUACAUAUACAUAUAUAUAUAUAUUUUGUAAUAACAUAUUUGCAUGGUUUUUGUUAGUUACGAAAUCGUUGCUGUUGCUGUCGACGCAUCCCGCAAGCAGCAUGCAAUGGAGCAUCGUACUCACUCAUACAUGUAUAUGCCUUCAUACAUCUAAACAUUUGCGCACACAUAUAACCAGAGUAGCAGCCUCCGAUACAGACAAGAAGUGUAGUAUAUAUUUUGUAAAUGUCAUUUAAAUGAAAAAACCUGAACCUGACUGGUAUAAAACGAAAA